ACUUAAUUUUUAUAUUUCUUCUGAAAAACUAAUUUUAUAAAUGUUUGAUAUAAAAAAAAAUGGAGAGCGACCUUUAUUCUCUGAAAGGAAGAGUGAGAAGCCCCGAAGGGCUCUAUCACCCCCAUUUAUGCUCUCAUGUUUAUAUGUACUAAUAUAUACCAUCAGUACAAGUUCAAAACUCUCGAUGCCUGUACAUAUAGUAAAGAAUAAACGAACAGUACUUGUGAGAAAUAUAUUAAAGUGUAUUUCAAAAGUAUCGUAACUGUCCAUCUAGUGGUUAAUAAAUGAUUUAUUCAGAGUGGGUAUAAAGGCCUAAACGCACAAUGCCAGGCAACAGGUAAUAGGAACAGAAAUAAUGAAAGAGAGAAAAGAUCUCUCUUUUUCUCUUUCUUUAUUUCUUGUUCCUGUUGCCUGUUGCCUGGCAUUGUGUUUAGGCUUUUAGACGCCGACAACCGCCUCGGAGUCAAAACGUUAAAUGGGGAAAGAGGCAGAGGAGAAAGAGACGCUCAGCCGCGAAUGCCGCGAACGUAGCCGAGUGCGCACAGCGCCACACAGCGCAACGGCUCACGCUGAUCGCAGCCGAGCGCGCGUGCCUCACGGAUAGGGGCAGGCCUGCCAGCCAUGGAACUAUCUAACUUUAUAGACAUAGACAGGCGUAGACAUGGAAAAGAGAAAGUGGAAGACAGGAAAGUCUUUGAUUAUAACAAUUCGUACCACAUAACGUUUUUUCUAUACAGUUCGGAAAUCUUCGUUUAUAGAGAAUUGUAUUAUACUAGCUUAAAAUUUUAGCUAAAAACAUUGGGUAACAAACAAAAUUGUAUAGUGAUUUUUAAAAAGUUACUAAAGCUUCUCAAGCUAAAUAAUAAACGUUUUGUUAUAUUUAUCAUAAAGAGAGAGAAAGAGUGAGAGGGGAGGGAGAUGGAUGCAAUAAUGAGAAUAUUAUUAAGAGAAGAAUUAGAAGAAGAAGAAAAAGAGAACUUACGAUUAGAACGUAUAUUUUUAAGAGAUAGAAACAAUCCUUUUGAUUUACCAAAUUCAGAAUUUAAACGCUUAUUUCGAUUAUCCAAAGAAUUAAUGCAACAGUUAAUAGAAGAAUUGACACCACACAUGGAUGAAGGGCAAAGAGAUACAAAAAUUUCAAUUCCGUUGCGAGUUUUUUCAAUAGUACAUUUUUUUGCUACUGGUCAUUAUCAACGAAGCGUAGGAAGUCAUUUUAAUAUUGCAAUUGCUCAACAAACGAUGAGUAAAUAUCUUCCAGAAAUAUGUAAUGCCAUAGAAGCUAUUGCACCACGAUGGAUUCAGUUUCCAAUUAAUGAAGAAAGAAAACAACAUAUAAAAGAGGAAUUUAUGCGUAAAUUUGAAUUUCCUGGAAUUAUUGGAAUAAUUGAUGGCACACAAGUGCGCAUUAGUGAGCCAGAAGAAGAUGAACAUAUUUAUUUCAAUAGAAAAGGGUAUCAUGCUAAAAAUGUGCAGAUAAUUUGCGAUUCAGAUCUUAAUAUCAUUAACGUUAAUGCAAAUUUUGGUGGAGCAGCACACGAUUCAUUUAUUUGGAAUUCCUCAGCGAUUAGAACUGUUUUAGAAGAAAAUUAUCGAUUAGGUGACAGAAGAAGCUGGUUAAUUGGAGAUAGUGGAUAUCCGCUGGAACCAUGGUUAAUGACUCCAAUACGUAAUGCAAGACAAGAUACACCUGAACGAAGAUUUAAUGACCAUUUAAUUAUAGCACGCAAUUGUAUUGAACGAUGUAUAGGGGUACUUAAAACGCGUUUUAGAUGCCUUUUGAAUAAAGAUCGCGUUUUAAAAUAUCAUCCACAAAAAGCUGGAAUGAUUAUUAAUGCUUGCUGUGUUCUACAUAAUAUGUGUAUGAAAGCUAAUAUGCCUUUGGAUGAUGAACUAGAAAUGGAUGAUGACAAUAAUGGAUAUAUAGUAAUGCCAAUAGAUCAUAACAUACCAAAUAUUGAAAAUGUUUUAAAUGCAGGUCGCAAUCAACGUGCAAAUAUAAUUAAUCGAUACUUUCGAUAAUGGAAAUUGUACGAUAAUAAUAAAAAAAAAUUAUUUUUUAAUAUUC